AGAUGGAGGAGAUGAAGUAGCAGCGGCAGCACUCGACCGACAGAGGAACAACAGCGUCUGUGCCGAGGAUCUGGAGGUUUUUCUUCAGGGGGGACAGCAGGUGACACAGCGAACCGAGCGAGCCUCCGCCUCCUCAAGCGUCCGCACCGGUGGUGGAGACGUUUCACCUCCUUCUUCCCUCCAGCAACACCCCUCCGAUUAGCACAAUACAUGCAUUUCGAUACUACCUGCCUCUAAAUCUGAUUGUCUAAGCCCUGGUGAGUCAAGAUGGAAAAUGCGCACACUAAAUCGGCGACCGAAGUUUUAGACAACUUCGGCGUGAACGAGAACACGGGGCUGACUCUGGAGCAGGUCAAAGUCAGCGUGGAGAGAUAUGGACCGAACGAGCUCCCGGCUGAAGAAGGCAAGUCCCUGUGGGAGCUGGUGGGGGAGCAGUUUGAAGACCUCCUGGUCAGGAUCCUGCUGCUCGCCGCCUGCGUUUCCUUCGUCCUGGCUCUGUUUGAGGAGGGCGAGGAGACAACCACCGCCUUUGUCGAGCCUAUUGUUAUUCUUCUCAUCCUCAUUGCCAACGCAGUUAUCGGGGUCUGGCAGGAGCGCAAUGCUGAGAACGCCAUCGAAGCCCUGAAAGAGUAUGAGCCAGAGAUGGGCAAGGUGUACCGCAUGAACCGCAAGGCUGUCCAGAGGAUCAAAGCCAGAGACAUCGUCCCAGGAGACAUAGUGGAGGUGGCAGUUGGUGACAAGGUGCCUGCUGACAUCAGACUGACCUCUAUAAAGUCCACCACCCUGCGAGUGGACCAGUCCAUCCUCACAGGGGAGUCUGUGUCCAUCAUCAAACACACUGACCCUGUUCCUGACCCCAGAGCUGUCAACCAGGACAAGAAGAACAUGCUGUUUUCUGGCACCAACAUCGCUGCGGGCCGUGCCAUAGGCGUCGUCAUUGCCACUGGCGUGACCACAGAGAUCGGCAAAAUCCGCAACCAGAUGGCGGCGACGGAGCAAGAGAAGACACCUCUGCAGCAGAAGCUGGACGAGUUCGGACAGCAGCUCUCCAAGGUCAUCUCCCUGAUCUGUGUAGCCGUGUGGGUGAUCAACAUCGGCCACUUCGGAGACCCCGUCCACGGCGGCUCCUGGGUCAGAGGAGCCAUCUACUACUUCAAAAUCGCCGUGGCAUUGGCUGUGGCCGCCAUCCCCGAGGGCCUGCCCGCUGUUAUCACCACCUGCCUCGCCCUCGGCACGCGCCGCAUGGCCAAGAAGAACGCCAUCGUUCGCAGCCUCCCCUCUGUGGAGACCCUGGGCUGCACCUCUGUUAUCUGCUCUGACAAGACGGGCACCCUCACCACCAACCAGAUGUCUGUGUGCAGAAUGUUCGUCGUUGACAAGGUGGAAGAUUUAAACUGCACCCUUCAUGAGUUCUCUAUAACUGGUUCUACAUAUGCCCCUGAGGGACAAAUACUGAAAGGAGACAGGCCCGUCCAUUGUGGAGACUAUGAUGGACUUUUGGAGUUGGCCACUGUGUGCUCCAUGUGCAAUGACUCUUCACUGGACUUCAAUGAGGCCAAAGGUGUUUAUGAGAAGGUGGGUGAAGCCACAGAGACGGCUCUCACCACCUUGGUGGAGAAGAUGAACGUCUUCAACACUGAUGUCUCCGGUCUAAGCAAGGUGGAACGUGCCGGGGCCUGCAACUCGGUGAUCAAACAGCUGAUGAAGAAGGAGUUCACCCUGGAGUUCUCCCGUGACCGCAAGUCCAUGUCCGUCUACUGCACGCCAGUCAAGCCGGGCUCCCAGAGCAAGAUGUUCAUCAAGGGUGCUCCAGAGAGCGUGAUCGAGCGCUGUAAGUACCUACGAGUGGGGACCGGAAAGGUUGCGCUGACACAAGCCCUGCGUGAGCAGCUAUUGUCUAGGAUCAGGGACUGGGGGACAGGCAGGGACACCCUGCGCUGCCUGGCUCUGGCCACUCAUGACACCCCACCACGCAAAGAGAGCAUGGACUUGGAGAAUUCCAACAAAUUUGCAGACUAUGAGUUGGGUCUCACGUUUGUUGGUUGCGUUGGCAUGCUGGACCCGCCCAGGUCGGAGGUGAUCGGCGCAAUCAAACUGUGCAACGAGGCCGGCAUUCGCGUCAUCAUGAUCACGGGAGACAACAAGGGCACAGCUGUGGCCAUCUGCAGACGAAUCGGCAUCUUCGGGGAGGAGGAGGACGUGAUGGGGAAGGCCUACACGGGCCGCGAGUUUGACGAUCUUCCACUGGACGAGCAGAGAGAAGCCGUCAAAAGGGCGCGGUGCUUCGCCCGUGUCGAGCCGGCUCAUAAGUCUAAGAUCGUCGGAUUCCUGCAGUCAUUCGAUGAGAUUACCGCCAUGACAGGAGAUGGUGUGAAUGACGCCCCGGCCCUGAAGAAAGCGGAGAUCGGCAUCGCCAUGGGCUCGGGAACCGCGGUAGCCAAGUCGGCGUCUGAGAUGGUGCUGUCUGACGAUAACUUCUCCACCAUCGUGGCUGCCGUGGAGGAGGGCAGAGCCAUCUACAACAACAUGAAGCAGUUCAUCAGAUACCUCAUCUCCUCUAACGUGGGGGAGGUCGUCUGCAUCUUCCUGACCGCCAUCCUGGGUCUCCCCGAAGCUUUGAUUCCAGUGCAGCUGCUGUGGGUUAAUCUGGUGACCGACGGCCUGCCCGCCACCGCCCUGGGCUUUAACCCUCCAGACCUGGACAUCAUGGACAAACCACCCCGCAACCCAAAGGAGCCUCUCAUCUCUGGCUGGCUCUUCUUCAGAUACCUGGCUAUUGGAGGAUAUGUGGGUCUUGGAACGGUGGGCGCUGCCACAUGGUGGUACCUGUAUGAUGAUGACGGCCCACAAGUAACUUUCUAUCAGCUGAGGCAUUUCAUGCAGUGUUCUGAGGACAACCCCUUGUUCAAAGGCAUAGACUGCGAGGUGUUUGAAUCCCGCUACCCCACAACGAUGGCCCUGUCUGUGCUGGUCACUAUUGAAAUGUUCAACUCACUCAACAGUUUGUCUGAGAACCAGUCUCUGAUCAGGAUGCCUCCCUGGGUCAACAUCUGGCUGCUGGGAGCCAUCAUCCUCUCCCUCUCCCUCCACUUCUUAAUCCUCUAUGUGGAGCCUCUGCCGUUGAUCUUCCAGGUGACCCCCCUGUGCUGGGCCCAGUGGAUCGUGGUCUUGAAGAUUUCCAUCCCGGUCAUUCUCCUUGAUGAGGUGCUGAAAUAUAUCUCCAGGAACCAUCUAGAAGCCUAAAUUCUUUCUAUCUCACCUUCUGUGAAAAGUUGAUGAGGACAAGAAAUAUCGGAGGAGAUGGCAGCUGAACUAAGACCUCUCCCUCAACACACUCACUCAGUUAGACACGCGCUCGCCCUCUUCCCUUUAUGAGCUAGGAAAUCUUCCUCUCCCCUUGUCCUCGUUCCCCCGACUCCUGCAUGUCCGUCAAACCACCACUAGAGAUGAGCAGGGUUUGCAUGAGUGCAAGAAAGAGCGAGCGUGUGUGUGUUCCUGCGAGCAUGGCUUUGUACAAGUGUGUGAGGAGUUGAACAGCGUGUGUGUGUGUGUGUGUGUGUGUGUGUGUGUGUGUGUGUGAGAGAGAACAGGCAGAUGCAGGACUGUCUUUAGCUGUGAGAGUGAGAAACAACUGCAAAAAAAGGGAAAAAAAAUAGAUAAACUGCCCAGGGCUCUGCUUUUUAAAGAUUUCUGCUCAUUGUUUGUUUUUUUUGACUGUACAGUACAAACAUAGUGGUGCAGUAACUGGACUUUGGGGAGGGAAGGAGACAGAGGACAGGGGGAUGGAUUUUGUUAAUAGUGGGUCGGAGGGGAGUGGGUUUGAAAUCGGCACAGAGACUGAAAGAAAGAUGGAGAGGUGAAGCCCGCUGUGGAGAAGAGACUGGUGUACGCACUGGCAAGAGAAGAACAUCGGCAAGAAUGUUAGACCAGUGAAGAGAGCCAUCAUACGUGUGUGUCCAUAGGAGUGUUGUAUCUCAUGGUACCCCCCCCCCCAGCCUCCGGCAACCCACACCACUGGCGGUGGAUUUCCAGCUGUGUAGGAGCACGGCAUCAUCAGCACGACACAAUCGUAUUUUUGGCCUAAUCUGCUCCAGCUCUGCUCCUUCAACGCCCUUUGCUCUCACCGCAUAAGAACUCCCGUUGAUUGUAUUUCAUGCAGACUUACUCUCCUUCUGCCCAUCUUGCUCUCUCGCCGUCUCGCUUUACCGCUCUCUGUCGAGGUGGCAGCUGUGGGCCCGCCCCCUCUCCCGGGGGUCACGACGUUAACCUGGCUCUCGAGUCGGUGUGUGGAGGUGACGACCCCCACCCCACCCACCCGCCCACCACCACCACCUAAAGGUGUGAAUAGCUUUACGCUUCCUCCGGCUCUUUCUUUUCGAGGGGCUGAGGUCAGCUCACACAACAAACAAACACAAAAACAAAAGAAAAAGAAAAAGAAAUAAAAAAUGUUAGUAGUGUAGUUGUCAGCCUCACUUUGACAUCCAUCUGCUGUGCUGUCAGACAUCUAAAGUAAAGGUGGACCUGAGCAUUUUGUGCAGAAUACCUUACAAUACAAUACCAUGUACCUUUAAUUUCAAGUUAGUUAUUUCGAACCCUGCAGCAGUGCUAAGGUGUGUGUGUGUGUGUGUGUGUGUGCAAGCCUUACUUGAAUUGAUUUGACUUGACAGGAUUUUCAGUCACGGUAGAUGUUGAUAAAGUAAGUUAAGAAAAUGACAACUGCUUGAUUGUCUCGCUUAUGUACUCGACACAUCCAACAUCCAUGCCUUAUACAGCUCACUGCACCUCCACAUUGAAUAUGUGGUCCAAAUGAAUGUGUUCCUGCUAUAGCCUUUAAUUACCUUUGUACUGCCGCCACUCCUGACAGUGAUAACAGACUCUGAAUGUCCUCCUGGACUGAGGCGUGUUCAAUAGGAAACCUUUUUUUCUCUCUCGUGCUUUGUGCGCUGCUCCUCCUGCUCUUUCAGUGCUUUAGCGCUCCUCACUUGGGUAUUGUUUUGUAAUUAAUAAAUAAUAAUGUAUUUGACUGAAUGAACCCACGGUGGUGUGGAUUGUGUCUCAAAGUCUUAAUUAAGGGUCUUGUGUUGGGCCCUGGCGCUCUGUGGACUGGGUCGGGGGUGUUUCUUGGUCUUAUCUUGCCUCCGCAAAGGAGAGGAGAGUGUGUGCACAUUUAAAAAAUAAAAAAUAAAAAAACGUUGUAAAGGUGCUGGAUGAAAAAGAUCUCACUGUAUCAUCUGCUUCCUGUAUAGUUCAUUUGAUCAUAGACGUCUAAAGUUGCGAUUAUUAGUUCAUUGAAAAAAUGGCACCUAUCUCUCAUUACAGUAAAUAUUAUUUUGCUGGUCACACAAAACAGGACAUUGUGCUCAGCUAUAUGAUAACAGGCAUUUUCACAGUUUUCUAUGGUGAUUUGGUUGAUAAGGUUGAUUUACUGAGAAAAGAAAAGGGGAUGCAAAGAACAUGUUGUGGCCCUGCUUUACUGCAGCUGUAGCCUCAUGUAGAUCUGGACAAUUUGUUUUUUAAGUCAUCAAACCAGGAGUUAUUGACACAGUGUGCAGACCUUUAUUCUUUUUCGAACCUAUUUUUUGCUUCCAGUCCUUAUUUCAAUAAGCGGUGCUCAUUUCACGGUGUAAAAUCUAAAGGCAAAUCCAUUCUUAAAAUCUUCGACAGCCUGAUAUUACUUACAGUACAUUCUAUUUUGUCGUUUGGUGAUUUUCUUACAUCAGGAGAACUAGCCGAACGUUUUGGUGGGACAUCAUGGAGUCCAGAUAUUUCCACGUCCAUCUGGGGAAGAUAAACAACAACACAUCCCCAGAAACAAAUACCCUGAUUCUGAAAUAUUUCGAACAGCACCAAUAACCUAGAGUAAGGAUUUAAAGGUGGACUUAUUCCUUUAAUGUUAUUCCAGAAGUGUUUUUUUUUUUAUUAUACUUGCCAUAAACAGUGGUGACUUUUUCAAUUCAUCAUUAUUAUUAUUAUUAUUUUCACCACUGUGACAAUGUGGCACCUCUGUCCCGACCAGCAGACCACCCGUCCCUGUCCCAGCUCUCCACGGCUCUGUAACAUUCUGGCACUAUAGGUCUGUAUAGCCUUGUUCUUUACUACUGAAUCCUCAACUCUGUACAGAAGAGGAGAAUAUGAUCGCAUGGAACCCUUUUACUGUAAUAAUAACCUAUACAGCAUAUAUUAAUUAGUUUUUUUUUUGAUAACUUGCGUCAUUGAAAUCAACUUACCGACCACAGAGAGACUUCCAAAAAAAAUAACAUUUUUUAUUUUUGCUUUGAGCACGUUUUUCUUUAUGUUUUUUUUGUUGAAUAUUAAAGCUGUUUCUUCAUUGUUCCCGUUUGGUUUUUACAGUUUCUGGGGGUUUUGUGUCUUUUACUGUAGGGAUAAAAGAAUCUGAUGUUAUCAUGUUAAAGAUAGACAAGAAUCACGCUUACGCUAAUCAAUGAUGAGGACGCUGAUCUUUUCAGUGGUAAUUGUCCAGUGUGAGAAUGUUCAGGAACUUGUGAAUGAACUGUGUCUGGUUUACACUGAUGCGAUAAGCAGUGAUGAUUCCUGGCUUAUGAAGUUUUACGACUGUACAUUGAAGGGUUUGGUGUGGAUGCAGGCUCUGGAGACCUGCGACAAUCCAGCAUGGCUCUCCGUCAAUCUACCAUCAAUAAAUCAAUAACCCCCCCUCACUAACAGUGUUGGAGUGAUCAGUUUCAUAUCAGUAACAUUUAAAUAGUAUAGUUCCUUUUGUCUUCGUGUGUACAGACAAGUAAACAGUCUCUAGAGCCUGAGUUCCACCUCUGAGAAAUUAAAAGGAUUCUCUGUAUUGCCUUGUUAAUAUUAAUUGUGGACACAUAAUUUUAUAAAUGACAAAGACGUGGAAAUAAAGAUUAUUUAUCUUGUUAUUUA